AUGACCAGAAGAGUUAGAAAGGGCAGCUGUAUAUCUAUUGCAAAUGGUCUUUGCGCCAAUUCUCAAAGCUUCAUAGCCUCGUCUGCACGUUUGCUGAACCACCCUAGGAUUAUGUUCACAGGAAUCACUAUGGGGGUGGCUAAUGAAAAUCAUGUCCCGAGUGCUAAAAUUGAGACUGAGAGCAAGCAUAUUGAUGUUUUUGUCGAAAAGAUGAAAAGAUUGCCAGGUUUGACAUGGGCAAAUAUAUGCGAAGUGGGGAAAGAAGAUCCUCGUAGGGUUAUUCAUUCACUCAAAGUUGGUCUGUCCUUAACAUUGGUUUCACUGUUGUACUUAAUAGAGCCAUUGUUCAAAGGUAUUGGACAGAAUGCCAUAUGGGCUGUCAUGACUGUGGUAGUUGUGCUUGAGUUUACUGCAGGUGCAACAUUAUGCAAAGGACUAAAUAGAGGUUUUGGCACGCUGUUAGCGGGAUCACUGGCCUUUUUGAUCGAGUAUAUUGCUCAAGAAUCUGGUCGAAUUUUUCGCGCUGUUUUCAUUGGUGCUGCAGUAUUCGCUAUUGGAACAGCAGCCACAUACAUUCGAUUUUUUCCUUACGUAAAGAAAAAUUACGACUAUGGAAUUGUGAUAUUCCUCUUGACCUUCAAUUUGAUUACUGUAUCAAGCUAUCGUGUUCAUAACGUGUUGAAGAUAGCUGAGGAUCGAUUUUAUACAAUUGCCAUAGGUUGUGGAGUCUGUCUCCUGAUGAGCCUCGUCAUAUUCCCAAACUGGUCGGGCGAAGAUCUUCAUAAUUCCUCUGCGUCUAAGCUCGAGGGCUUAGCAAAAUCAAUCGAAGCUUGUGUCAAUGACUACUUCAGCAAUGAAGAGACAAGUGAUACCACCAAUAAAUCAUCUGAAGAUCCCAUCUACAAAGGUUAUAAGGCUGUUCUGGACUCAAAAUCCACAGAUGAGACUUUGGCAUUACACGCGAGUUGGGAACCAAGGCAUUCAAUACAUUGUUACAGGUUCCCAUGGCAGCAAUAUGUCAAGUUGGGAGGCGUUCUUCGACAUUUUGGUUAUACAGUUGUAGCACUCCAUGGAUGCCUGCAAACUGAAAUUCAAACUCCACGAUUAGUUCGAUCUCUUUUCAAAAAUCCAUGUGUUCGAGUGGCUGGAGAAGUAUCAAAAGCUUUAAUGGAACUGGCUGACAGCAUAAGAAAUCGUCGUCAAUUCUCUCCUCAGAUUUUGUCCGACCAUCUACACGAAGCCUUACACGACCUGGAUGCUGCGCUAAAAUCCCAGCCGAGGCUCUUUCUCGGUCCCAAUAACAACGACAACAACAGAAACAUGUUAGCCUUCGCAGCUGCUGCAACAGCUAGGCAAAAGCCGAAUACAAAAGACUGCGGAAUUUCUCUUUCAAGUGUUAGAACAGACCCAUCCGCAUUGCUUGAAUGGAAAUCCAAAAGGAAUAAUACGAAUUCUGAACUGGCAAAUGAGUCCGAAAGAAAGGUGUUAAGGCCAACAUUAAGCAAGAUUGCUUUAACUAGUCUUGAGUUCUCUGAAGCACUGCCAUUCGCCGCCUUUGCCUCGCUACUACUCGAGACGGUUGCAAGGCUCGAUCUUGUCAUUGAGGAAGUCGAAGAAUUGGGAAGGAUAGCUAAUUUCAGGGAGUUCAAUGCAGGAGAUGAUCAAAUCAUUUUGACAAAAACUGAAAUAAAGAUUGCAGAACCUCUACAAAACCAUUUGCCUUCUCAUGGAACAGAUUGA